UAUGUAUCUUCCUUGUUUUGUGACUCCAUCUUUCUACGCUGUCUUCCAUGCUUCUUUGAGCAUGGCACCGAAAAGCAAGCAUCGUAAGGCUAAAGGCAAAACAAAUCAUGCCAAUGAAAAAUAUCCAAUUGAUUCGGAAAAUGACAACAAAGAAGAAGGUGAAAAAUCAACAACCAAUGAAGAAGAGACAUCGUCAGACAAUGAAUUUAGCUUGGACGAAGUUUUACGUUUGGGUGGAACCAAAGCUGACUACGCCCUCUUGGAGAGUAUCAAUGACUCCAACGAGCUUGUGGAUGGAGGCAAGAAAAGUGCAAUAGAUGACUUGGAGGAUGGUGAGCUGGAGAAGUUCAUCUCUAAGCUGGGCAUCCGGGCGUAUGCAGGGCAGCAGAAUGUUCCAGACGAACCUGUGGAGGGAGACGCUACAGAAGGUACCCAGUCAGGGAAUACAACUGCUGCAGCCAAGACAGCAAAGUCAGAUGAACAAAAAAGCAAGCCCGAGAUCAAAGGUAAAGACCAGCCAGGGAAAGAGGACAAGAAGACGAAAAAGAAAACAAAAGAAACAGCCACAGGAAAGAAAGCCAAACAAAACGUCAACCUGUUUGAGUUUCAGCCGAGAAAACUGCUGCUGAUUAAACCUGGUGGUAAAUGGUUCGACAUGGAUUACACCCUGGAGGGAACCUCGACCACAGAAGAUGAGUCGUUGGUCUCCCAGUACAAGGCCCUGGCACAGAGGCUGUUUGAGGCCGAGUCAGGCCUCUACAAGAGCAAGAAGAACAUGCAGAAGGGCGCCAACUCCGCCUGGAUGAAGAACGUGGUCUCGGCAGGAACCCUCGCCGACAGGAUGGCAGCCAUGACGGUUCUGAUCCAGGAUUCUCCGGUGCACAGCAUGGAGCACGUGGAGAACCUGGUCUCCAUGGUGAAGAAAAGGGGCAGCCGCAGGCAAGGCCUGAUGGCCCUGGACACCCUCCGGGAGCUCUUCAUGUCCGACCUGCUCCCGGAGAACCGCAAGCUCCGGAUGUUCAACCAGCAUCCGUUCGCCCAGCUGGAGGAGAGAGCCAGCGGGAACAGGGACGCCCGCGACCGCCGUCUCAUCCUGUGGUACUUUGAGCAGCAGCUCAAGCACCAGGUGGCCGAGUUUGUGGUGGCCCUCGACGCCCUCGCCCACGACACGGUGGCCGCCACCAAGGCCAAGGCGCUGGCCACCGCCCACGAGCUGCUGUGCAACCGGCCCGAGCAGGAGAGGGCCCUGCUGAUCCAGGUGGUCAACAAGCUGGGCGACCCCGAGUACAAGACGGCCGCCAAGGCCUCGUACCUGCUGGAGACCCUGCUGCACAAGCACCCCAACAUGAAGGCGGUGGUGUGCUGCGAGGUGGAGCGCCUGAUGUUCCGGCCCAACAUCAACCCCAAGGCGCAGUACUACGCCGUGUGCUUCCUCAACCAGGUGCUCCUGAGCCACGAGGAGACCGACCUGGCCACCAAGCUCAUCACCAUCUACUUCUCCUUCUUCCGAGCCUGCAUGAAGAAGAAGGACGUGGAGGGGAAGAUGCUCGGCGCCCUGCUGUCGGGCGUGAACCGGGCCUACCCGUACGCCAAGGCCGGGGACGAGAAGGUCAAGGAGCAGCUGGACACCCUCUUCAAGGUGGUGCACCUGGUGAAGUUCAACACGGCCGUCCAGGCUCUCAUGCUGCUCUUCCAGGUGAUGGACUCCCAGCAGACCGUCUCUGACCGUUACUACGUGGCUCUCUACAGAAAGCUUUUGGACCCGGGUCUGUCUUUGUGCUCCAAGCAGAGCAUGUUCCUCAACCUGAUCUACAAGUCUUUGAAGGCGGACAUUGUCCUGCGGCGGGUCAAAGCCUUUGUGAAGAGGCUGCUGCAGGUGAGCUGCGAGCAGAACCCCACCUUCGCCUGUGGGGCGCUCUUCCUGGUGUCCGAGGUCAUCAAGGCCAAGCCAGGCCUAAAACUGCUCCUGCAGGAGGACGGGGAUGGCGAUGAGGAGAUCUUCAAAGACCUGCCUGGAGAGGACGAGGACGACGACGAGGAGAGAUUUGUGGAUGCCGAUAAAGUGGAAGAAGGAACGAUUGAAAAAGCGGAGCCGCCAAAGCCCACUGCAUCAUGGGUACACCAACGGAACUUGAAAGGUGGGAAGAGCGUGGAGACAUACGACCCCUUACACAGGAACCCCUUAUUCUGUGGGGCCGACCACACAACCCUGUGGGAACUGCAAAAACUGGUUGCACAUUUCCACCCCUCAGUGUCCUUGUUUGCCAAGACUAUUUUACAGGGAGAGUUUAUUCAGUACACAGGAGACCCGCUCCAGGACUUCACCCUCAUCAGGUUCCUGGACCGCUUUGUCUUCAGGAAUCCCAAACAUCUCAAGGGCAAACAAAAUACAGAUACCACUGUGAUGCAGCCCAAACAGAAGCUGUUUAUGAACAACAUCCAUUCCUUGCCUGUGAACUCUGAGGAGUUCUUGUCCAAAGAAGAGAGUCAGAUUCCUGUUGACCAGGUGUUCUUCUAUCGGUUCUUCAAAAAGCGAGAGAAGGAGAAGAAGCUGAGGCGGCCGCGGGCAGACGGAGACAACGAGAGCGUCGAAGACGUGGAUGACGAUGAGUUUGAGAAGCUGCUGGAUUCAUACGAGGGAGACAGUUUCUUCACAGACAUGCCUGACAAGGAACUGGACUUUGCCGGAAAUGUCAAGAGCACGUCCAAGAAGGGUAAAAAGGGCGAGGAGGACUCUGAAUCCGAUAUGGACUCUGAUGAUAUGGACGACCUGGAUGAUGAGGAGAUAUCCCUGGGCAGUAUGGAUGAAGAAGACUUUGGAGAUGACCUGGAAGAGGAGGGCGGAGCAUUCAUGGAUCCUGGUGGAGAUGACGAUGAUGAUGAAGAUCCUGAGCUUGAAGACGACCUCGAAGGCGACGCCGCAUUUGAUGAUUCAGAUGACGAGGGGGAGGAGAUCCCAGACAUUACCCCAGGUCCCAAAAAAGGAAAGAGAAAAUCCUCGGAGGAGCUCGCCUUCUCUGGCUCCAUAGGGUCCAAACCAGGGAAGAAACCGAAAGGAAAGAAAGACAGUGCCGUGUUUGCGUCUGCUGAAGAGUUUGGGUACAUGUUGGAUGAAAAUGCUGGGUCCAAGUUUGACAACAUUGGGAUGAACGCUAUGGCUAACAAAGACAAAGCCGGGGUCAAGCAGCUCAAGUGGGAGGCCAAGAGGGACGACUGGGUCCGGGGCCGAGACGUGAAGACGCUGCGGAAGAAAAAGGCUGUGUUCAACAAGAGGAAAUCCUUUGGGAAAGCCAAGAUGGCCAACAGGAAGUUCAAGAAGAAGUGAGUUCUCCUGAAUGUGGGGUGGUCGGAUCAACACACCUCGCUACUCCUUGGUGGACCAUGCUGCAGUGUCGCUCUCCCGGAUCCCAUAGAUCCCGGCCGUUUCGUUGGACUUGUAGUAAACUGAAGAGGAAGAAGAGCCACCGUAAUACCAUCAAGUGGACUGGGUCAUUUUAAACAAGUGCUCCAGUGGACACUUCCUGCAUUGAGUUUAUGGUUCCUGGUUGACAUCAGUCAUUGUUUUCCCCAAUGCAAAAUCAAGGGCUGUGUCCAUUUUUAGUUCUCACUGUAUGGUUUACCAUGCGCCUGGAAGGCAACCAUCCUGUGGGUUUUUGUUCCAACCCUAUUUGUACUUUUUGCUUGUUAUUUUAGAAUUGGGUGGGCUGGAUUAUAAUUGGAACAAAAACCUACACAUGGUAACAUUUUUACUUGGCUAGCCUUACUGGUAAGUUAAACAUGUUGAGAACACAAUACAUAAUGCAGGAUUUGUUUUAUGUUGGAUAAUUUUCAGGAAUAUUAAACACGUGUCAGUGGC